UUUUAUUUAGGGAUGCCACUUCCGUUUCUGUUUUGUAAUAUUUUAUGCAGUAAAGUCAUCAAACGCACCCAAAAAUCAUCAUGUCGAUAGACAUUGAUGAAGAAUUUAGGAGGUUGUUUGCCAGUAGGACGACAGUCCCAACUAGAGUGAUUGAAAACUUUCUGAAGACUGGGGUGCUCUCUGUGGAGGGUAGUGAUAAGAGGAACGCCACGCGCCAGGCAGGUCAGCUUUAUAGAAUUGUCAAUGAUGAGUUGUACCGGUAUGGCACUGAAAAGGAGUAUAGCAAGUACGGGCUCAGAAUUGUCGUUCAUGACGACCAAGUCGAUAAGAAAAUUGAGAUCGUGCGAAAAUGUCACUUGGACGAAAUGGGAAAUCAUCUUGGUACAAGCACAACACAGAAAAAUAUUGCAGAGACUUAUUAUUGGAUAGGGAUCACUUGCAACGUGCAGGAUUUUAUACGCCGAUGUGACCUUUGUAAGGUUCGGAUCAGGGAGCCAACUUCCCGUCCGCGUGCCUCCAUGGAAGCUGACACUUUUUAUGAAGGUGAAGAAAAGCCAGGGCCAACAUGUGAAGAAGCACAGAAAGAGAUCAAGAAACUUGGGAAAAUCAGGAGAUCUUCGCCACCAGAAACAUUCUUUAUUGUUAACACUGAUAAGAAGAUCAAUGUUAACAUCAAUGAUGAUGGAAAUGAAACUGUUAUGAUAGAUUCCAAUAAUAUUGAGUAUGUUGUAGAGACACUUGGUCAUUCUGAAGAUGGAACUGUUUUAAAUGAAGUUUGUCAUGUAUUGAAUGUGCCGGAGAUAGUACCAUUACCCGACCGAUAUAGAUCAAGAGAAAUUGAAAACUAUUUGAAGUAUGGAUCAUUCCCUGAAGAGUUUACCAUCAAUCAGAAAAAUGGCCUAAAGAACCCUGCCACACAAUAUACCAUUAUUGACGAUGAGCUUUAUCACGAUGCCAACAAGAGUGGCAGUAAAGGUGUAAGACAAGUCAUUCAUGAUGAUCAGCCAGCUCUCAAAGUCAAAACUAUUGUGGAAAAUCACAUCGAUGAUGAUGGGGGCCACUGCGGACUAAACAAGACCCUAACAAAGAUAAGUGCAAGGUUUCACUGGGUUGGUAUGACUCUUGAUGUGAGAAAGUUUAUGAUGCAGUGUAAACUGUGUAAUAGCAACCGGGCGAAGAAAUCGGUAAAGCAAUGGACUCAGGACAAUAUUGAGGUAUUGAAAAAGCAAGCGGAACAGCAAAAUAUUAAAGCCAUGAAUAAAAUGCAGGCAGAACCCAUUGUUAAAUCUGCUAGACGAAAUAAGCUUCUUCAUGAUUCAGACAAGGAACUUGUCAUUGAAGGCGCAGAAGAUGUUGGAGGUGGGGCCGAAAAUGAGGAACCUUACAAUCAGGUGAUCCGCUUUGUUGGACCAAAUGAUGAAGUCAUGGAAAUAAUGGUUCCUGCUCAGAAUGAGAAUGACAACGAACCAAGAAUGAUUCAGUUGGAGAAUGGGGAAGUUCUGUUGCUAGAUGGACCGGGUGAGUAUGCUGAAGUUCUUGAAGAGGCGCAUGGUGAGGAUGAACGAAGGUUGGAAAUUGUUACUGAAGAUACAGGUAUAGAAGAAGAUAUUCCUGAAAUUCAAGAGAACACUGACAAAGGGGAUGAUAUUGCUGCACAAGUAAAAGCAGAAACUAUGGAUGAUGAAGCAGAACAUCUUGAUGAGAACCAGUAUGUAAAAAUGGAAGUUUUAGAGACAGAUGUCACUGCUGAAAGGAUAAAAAUGGAGGAUGGAAAUCAUUCAAAUUCCAAUGAAACAAAUGAGGAAAUUCCUUAUGAAUCACAUGUCAUUGAAAUCGCUCCGAUGAAUGCUAAACAGCAAAACGAAGAAACCACUGUAGUUGCUGGAGUAGAUAUUGAAACAGAAACAGACUUCCCAGAAGAAAUUGGGAGUGGGGAUGGAGUGGAAGAAAAAGAAACUGAUAUUCCCAUUGAUAAUGAUGAAAGCACAAAUGCUUUAAGUGAAGCAAAUGUUGAGGAUGAGGAUGAAAUGCUAGAAGUUGUCAUACUUGAAGCAGAUGGUAAGAAACAGCAAAAGUUCCUGCGUAGAAGUGAACUAGAACAGUUAGAAAAUGUUGAAUUUGUAGAAAACAUGGAUGAAUUUUUGAAAUCCGCUCCUGACAUUGGCAAAAGACAGAUGGAAAGAUUGUGCGAUGAUCAGAGUUAUUUGUUCAACGAUAUCAUUCACGUUCCUCAUCUUAAAUAUACUAGGGUGGUAGAAGAAUUUCUUGAAACAGGAAAGGUGACAGCAGCAGGUUUCAACUUUGACAUGCUGAAGGAUGUGAGUAAUACAUACUACAUGGAAGAUGGGGUUCUCUUCCGAAGACCUUCACGUUACAAGUCGGGACACAUCGUUGUGCAUGAUGAUAUGCCAGAGUACAAGCUGAAAUUGAUAGAGCAACACCACCUGAAGCCUAACGGAGCUCACUGCACACGCAAGGUGACGGAAAUGAAGCUGGCCUUUCAGUACUACUGGGAAGAGGUUCAUUGGGACGUUCACAGGUUCUACCUAAAGUGCGAGAUGUGCGUACAGAACGGGAUUGAUCUUCGGCUGCGACGACCUAUACUCUCUGUGGAGGACGAGAAAUCUAUCAAGCUACACCGACGUCUCAAAAAGGUCGUUUCCGGGGAGGUGGCCAAACUGUCCCGCGAUUUCCGAAACCGAAAUCAACACAAGUUUAAUCAGUUCAAGGCAUUAGAAAGGGAAAAGACUGAACGAGGGAGUUACAGGGAAGACGAACAGGUCCCGGUUGAGAUGUUGCUGUCACUGCAGUCUGCAGGACAAGUGGUGUGUAACCAAGAAGAUGGCGAGAUGACGUAUAUAGUGCAAACAGAUGAGAAUGCGACUGACGCUGAUAUCCGGGAGAUUGAGAGAGCCAUUCAGGAGCAUGCCAAUGGGCGUGCCAUAGAGGAAGCUGAGACACGGAAGACUCCUAAGGGAGAGGAACUAGUUGUGGCAUCCCAGGUAGUGGAGCCAGAUACCCACAUGGGUGGGGAGCAGGGGGAGGAGUCAGAUGUGGAGGUGCACAUUCCAGAGUCAGACGAGGAUGAUAGCACUCAGAGUAAGGCGGGCAGGAAGAUGAAUGUUGUCAAGGUCAAGAUCAGCCCUGUGGGCAAGCCUGUUGCAACCCAACACAUUGGUAUUCAGAACAAAAUCCCAAAGGUCAUCAGCGCAUCUGUAGUGAAAAACAAAGAACCCAUCAUCGUGACAGAAACAUUUGGGCGAAAACAACCAAUCAUCGUUAAAUCUCCCCCUCCUCGACAACGCCCAGCUGUUCUCGGGCCCCUUAAGCCGAAAACCCGGCCCCUAGGGGUAUGGAAAACUGGGUUGAAAGGGGACUCGGAACAACCAGGAAAAACUGAUAUGACAGUAACUGUAGCCUCGAGCUCCAUAGGUGUACCUCCAUCAAAAAGCUCAGCAAGGACAUUACCUAAAGAAGUUGCUGUUAACAGUUUUAAAACAGCAGCCCCUGUCAUUUCUGUUGAAACUGUAACUUUGGAUUCUUGUGAUUUGGAGAUGAGAGUUGUGAAUCAACGAGGGGAACCUGCAGCCAUCAUUGAAAAGGGCAUGGCUGACCCUGUCAUCAAGGACAAGCCCAGCACUGCAGCUUCAACCCCAGGUUCCUUAAAGCGACCAGUGUCCGCUGUAACACCAGCCAGUGAGGGUAGACGUCCUAGACGUGAGAUUAAGAGGCCUAGACGCUUUAGCCCAGAGAGCACGGACCGAAAAUUACUAACAGUAAAAACUGAACCAGUAGAGAUACACGAAGAUGAUGAUACAGAAGAAAUGAUUAAGAUCGUCAAACCCGCUCAAACAACUCCAGGUGUGAGUCGAGCUAGGAGGGAUCAACAGAUGUUUACAAGCGCAGCUAAAGUGGUGAGGCGUAAAUCUAAAUCUGGUAAAGUUGAAAUUACAAUCCAUGAAAGUCAAGAUGACAUUGAAGAUGGCUUAGAAGUAGAUGAUGGGGAUGUUGAUGAUGGUAGGACUGUGGAGACUAUCGGUAUUGAGGCUGAUGGUGAUGGAGAAGAGGAACAAGUAGAUCACUCUGAAGAUGAAACAAGGGAAGAUAAUUCCGAUGAUGAAGAAUUGGAAGAGAUGGAAGGUUCUAGCGAGGAAGAGGGUGAUGAUGAGAAAAUCGCACUGGAAACUCUUGUUACUGAAGGUAUAGAACAGAUGAAAGUCGUUAAAGGAAAGGCUGGUUAUUCCUGUUCACUUUGUAACGCUAAGUUUACCACUGAGCGGCAAUGCUCCGCUCAUGGGGCCAAAAACAGCUGUUACGAGGAUUGUGGUUUAUGUGGUUGUCUGUACAAGAAAAGUCAGCUUCAGGAAUAUAUGCAGCAUGUUGCACUGCAUGAGACUGCAGCCAAGUUCCCGUGCGAAAUCUGUCGCAAAGUUUUUGUGCAGAAACAACAUCAAGAAAUUCACGAGCGCCUUCAUCAGAAAACCAAGCACAUUAAGUGUCAGUUUUGUAGGUAUUCUUGCUACACAAACUUUCAGCUGGCUUCACAUAUGUUGAUGAAACACAAGAAAUGGGACAAUAUGGAGUUUCAUUGUGACAUCUGUGGAGCGAAGUUUCUGAACGUUAAGUUUAUGAAGUUUGAAUUGAAGGUAGAUGGCGAACUAUCAUACUUCAAAUGUAUCAUGUGUUCCAAUAAUGAAUAAUACGUAAUUAUGAGCAAUUGAUUGAACGUUGUUAGGAUAUACAUGUAUUUAAUAUAUAUGCCAGAGAAAAAUUGUUUGUAGAUUCUCAAUUUUGAAAUUGUGACGGGUUGGCCGAUUUCAUUUUUCAUUUGUAGUUAGGGCUUAAUUCAUAAAACUUCUCAAGUCAUUUCAUAACUAAAGUCACUUUCCUAACUUACAUGUAAGUUUCUCUCUUAGCAUAUGAUACACAUGUAAUAUAAAUAACUUGAUAAUAUUUGAAAUACUUUGUUUUCAAUGAUUUUAUCAAAAAAACAUACUUUUAUAUUAAAAACAUUGAUACAUUUCUUUUAAUUUGAUUGUGAAACUUAGAGGAAAUUGACAUAAGUUAAGAAAUGACCUAGUCUUUUUUAUGAAAAAGAAGAAAAGCUGAGGUAUCAUUUUAGCCCUUGUGUCAUUGUUGUCUGCGUCAUGCAAAAUACUUGGUCAUAGCUCAAAAUCUAUUCAAGAUGCUCAAAUGAAACUUGGUUGACAAGUAGCAAGAGCCAAUAGGCACAUGUAGAGUAAGGUCAAUGACUUGGUCUUUAUUUUUUAUUGAGUUAUGCCCCUGUUUGACUCAGAAAAAAAAACAGGCAAUAUUUGGCAUUUGAUUCUUGCAGCUUGUUGUUUUUUUUAAAAACAUGUAUGAUUUACCAAAGCAAUAUUUUUGUCAAAUAAAAAUAAAUUUUGAGGCCAUGGCUUGGCAGGGAUGCCAUGGAAAUCUAACAUAUUCUAUGGAUACAUACGUCAAUCUUGUCAUCAUCUGUCAUUUUAGGUUUUAAAAACAAAUAUCAAUCGUUUAUUAUCUACAUGUAGUUCACACUUUUGUGUGGUAGUAUUAUUGCAGCUGUUUAGUGUAUAUAUACUGUUACAGUAAUUUAUUAUUUGGAAACGAGAUGUUGUUAAACUUUUAGGGCAUCAUCAAUGUAGACACUGUACAAAUUAUGUAUUUUAAUUAAUUUCUUAUUUUACACUGUUAAGGAUGUCCAUCCAUCAUUUGAUACCAGGUAUUGCUAUUGGUAAAGUUUCAUUUUAAAGUUACAAAAUGUUUGAAUAUUUUUUAGUUUUCACGGAGAUCAUUUUUUAUGAAGGCAUUAUGUUAUUUCAGAAACAAAUUAAUAAAAUUUCUAAAUUAUUUGAUUGUUUAAGCAAUUUUUAUUAUUUGUUUCUAAAUUAUAGUAAAAAGGUUGUUUUUAUAUUAACACCCUUUAAUAUAUCAUAUACCCGUUUGCUUGAACUCCCAGGGACAGGCGAAAAUACCUCGAGCAUCGGAAAAUUCAAUCCAAGCGGGAAUGCUAACAUUCAGUAAAUAUAAAUUGGUCCUUUACAUCAAGUUCGAGCCAACAAGAAAUUCGAGCCAUGCGAAUUCGAGUCAACGGGGUUCGACUGUAAUAGUUUCAUCAUUAUAGUGUUCUUCAAAAAUGUAAUCCAUGCAAAAAUAAUAAAAUGGUUAAAUCAGAGAAAUUAUCUCUAUGUUAAUAUCUAAAAUGCACAUUUUUGCAUUCUAAUGAUGGAUGGCUUACCUUAAAACAUUAAUGUCACAUUUACAUUCAAUUUAUUAUUCAUUAUUUUGACGCCAUAAAGCAUGUAUUACCAAUUAAGAAAUAAAA